CAAGCUUUUAGUAUUACUCCAAUAAGAGAGCGACGCGUCAUUGCUGGUCAUGAAUGAAUACAAAGUGCAAGUCAUAUGAGGGGUACUUUAUUAUAACAAAAUCUUUAUACUUUACAUACGCUAGCAAGCAGCUGAAAACUUGCUUCCUUUCUAMACGUUACACGUCACUACUAGUCCUCCACUGCCGCACUAAACCCAUACAGAAAUGGUGCGCUUCGAGCCCUUAGGACAGAAAAUGUUCACACGCCGCAAUUGGUUGCUCCGCUGCAGCAUAUUGAUUAAUAUACUGGUCAUACUCUACAUAUGYAGUCAUGUUAUGAUUGGCAAUGGCACCGGUUUUAACGGCAGCAACACAUUCUUCAUACAGGAACGCGGCGUGGAUACAGCGAAUAGCGCACAACUAAURGGUGACAAAAUACAACCGCCCCCGCCACCGCCACCUGCAUCAAACGAUCUAUCACUACCGCCACUAUCACCCAACGACUCCGGUGGCGCUGCGGCGGCGGCGCCUGCUACAGCUGCUGAUGCGCCCGCACAAAACCAAGCUGGUAGCGCCGUGGCGGGGAAUAUUGGUGGCGUUGCUCCCAUAGUAGAAUCCGUUGUAUACACAAAUAAUACUGUAAAUGAUGGCGAUGCCGCAGUCGCUGAAGAAAAAGACCYAGUAGUACCACUGGAAACGCUCUUAAACUGUUACGAUCGCGACUUCAAGCCUGAAGUCUUGCAACGUGGCGAUUUCUGGGUACUCAARAAUUACGUGCGCGCCGAUCAUGGUCCGCUCAAGUGCUCCGAAUCGAUCACUUAUACAACGCAUGCGGAUUAUACAUUUUUAGAUAAUCUUAUACCGCUGCUGGAGCGUUGGAAUGCGCCCGUCAGCAUUGCGAUGCACACACCGGGCACUGACUAUCAACCGACCAUUGAYGCCAUUAAGUACCUGCGCGAAUGCCUGCCAGAAAGUCCGUUGGUGCGCACUUUUACCACAUUUCAUCUUUACUUCAGCACGAAACACAUACCCAAACAGGUGGCGAAGCAGUCAGAAGUGCUGAAAACGCCCUAUAACUGCACAUUGCCGCCACCCUAUUUCAAUAUUAGUUCCGGCCAUUUAUAUAAGUCACAAAAGAAAUUAUUAUAUCCGGUGAAUGUGGGUCGUAAUAUAGCGCGSGAUGCUGCCUUAACACAUUUCAUAUUAGCCUCAGAUAUUGAAUUGUAUCCAAAUCCCGGUUUGGUGAAGAAAUUUCUCGAAAUGAUUGCGCGCAACGACGCKUAUCUGCAACGUAAAGCGCCGAGAGUAUUUCCGCUCUCCAUCUUCGAGGUGGAGGCSAAUGCAACUGUGCCACGCGACAAAACGGAGUUGCAAGAAUAUUUGCGCACCGGCAAAGCGAUACCCUUCCAUAAGCGCGUKUGCGCCAGUUGUCAUGGUGUGCCACAGUCCAAGGAGUGGAUGGCCGCAAAUGAAACCGAUGAGCUGAGCGUUUUYCACAUAGGCAAGCGUACCGGCUAUUUCCGGCAUUGGGAGCCCAUCUAUAUUGGCACACAUGCCGAUCCGCACUACGACGAGCGACUGAGCUGGGAGGGCAAAAGUGAUAAGAUGACGCAG